CUUCAGCCGGCGAGAAGGCACAGCGCAACCAACCACCUGCUGCGCUGCUCCCCUUGAUCCCGGAGACGAGGACAGACGAGACAGACAGAGACUGAGCCCGCAAGCCCUUCUACGCCCUUCUCUUGAUUUUUUUCCUGUUCGGUGGGCCGCCGAGAGUAUCCGGUUCUCGUCUAUAUAAAGAAGCCAGCGCCUGCGAUCUGGACGACUGCGAGCAGCAACACACAUCAAGCGGACAGCCAGACUGCAGACGACACACGGACAGCCAGCAAAGAUGACUUCCCCUACCACGACCAUCACGCAGAAGUUCCUCUCCCGGCCGCAGGAGCUGGGCGUCGUCGCCGUGGGCUUUUCCGACGGCCAGCCCAAAGCCGGUGUAGAUGCGGGCCCGACGGCGCUGCUGGAGGCCGGCUUGCUGGACCAGGUGCGCGACGAGCUCGGCUACAAGGUCGACUUCGACAGCAAAGUGCACGACUACGCCGACCUGAAGCCCGCCGAGAGCGAGGACCCGCGAUACCGCAACAUGAUCAAGCCCCGGACCGUCUCUGCGGUGACCCGGCGGCUGAGCGAGCAGGUCUACGAGCACGCCCGCGACGGCAAGAUGGUGCUGACGCUGGGCGGCGACCACUCGAUCGCGAUCGGCACCGUCUCGGGCACCGCCAGGGCCAUCCGCGAGCGCCUCGGACGUGAGAUGGCGGUGAUCUGGGUCGACGCCCACGCUGACCUGAACCGCCCAGAGGAGAGCGAGAGCGGCAACGUCCACGGCAUGCCGGUGUCGUUCCUGACGGGACUGGCCAAGGACGAGCGCGAGGACGUCUUCGGCUGGCUGACCAAGGACCACUUGAUCAGCACCAGGAAGCUGGUCUAUAUUGCCCUGCGAGACGUCGACCGUGCCGAGAAGCAGACGCUGCGCGAGCACGGCAUCAAGGCCUUUAGCAUGCACGACGUCGACCGGUCAGUCACUCCUCCCUGCUUCCUCCUCCUCCAACAACAACAACAACAACGAUCCUUUUGCUAACUGACCUGCAGCCACGGCAUCGGCCGCGUCGUCGAGAUGGCCCUCGCCCACAUCGGCAACGACACCCCUAUCCAUCUGUCCUUCGACGUCGACGCCCUCGACCCCCAGUGGGCGCCCAGCACCGGCACGCCCGUCCGCGGCGGCCUGACCCUGCGCGAGGGCGACUUCAUCGCCGAGUGCAUCCACGCCACCGGCAACCUGAUCGCCAUGGACCUGGUCGAGGUCAACCCCAGCCUGGCCUCGAUGGGCGCCAGCGAGACCGUCCGCGCCGGCUGCUCGCUCGUCCGCUGCGCCCUGGGCGACACCCUGCUCUAGCCUGUAUGAUUCACGACGAGACGAUAUAGAUAAUACUCAAUACACCAGUAGAAUACAUCUAGCUUUCUCCAUUGACAUUCCCCGUCUAUAAGUAACCUCCGUAGCCAGUCUCCAUACGGAGUAGUAUGAGAUGAGCUGAAACCCGUUGGCCUGGUGAUGG